AUGCCGCACCCUGUGUAUCUCUACCGAUAUGACAUUUCAAAUGGCAUGGCGCGCUCCAUGAGCGGGUUUCUCAUCGGCAGAGAACUCGAGGGCAUUUGGCAUACAUCCAUAGUGGUGUUUGGGCAUGAGUUCUACUUCGAUGGGGGCGUGGGCAUCGUGCGAGAGGCCCAUCCCGCGCAUACCCGUUUUGGGGAACCUUAUCGCACCGAACAGCUCGGCAAUACCGAGCGAAGCGAAUCGGCGUUUUUGUUAUGGGUUCAGCAAAAAACGCAGGAUGGGGAUGGCAAUUUCGGCCCCAACAGCUAUGAUUUACUGCGUAAUAAUUGCAAUCACUUCACGCAGGAGGCCUCGCGGUUUUUGUUAGCCCGCGAUAUCCCGAGCGAUGUGCGCGAGAUGAUUCCGAUGCUGCUGAGCACCCCCCUUGGGAAGAUGCUAGGGCCGCUAUUUGGUCAAUCCCCUUCGGCCUCUGGGGCGGUGGGCGGUAGGACGCAUGGGGGAGGGGGGGGGGCUUUUUCCUCCUCUUCUUUUUCACCUUCCACAUCCGUGGCCAACGCGACGCCGGCUCAUUCGACGCCGUCUGCCGUUCAAGGGUUAUUAAAUACCCGGUCAUCGCUUACCGAAAAGGAAGAGGAGGACCUAGUUCUCACCCGGUGCAUGCUUGAAAGCAAUGAGCUCCUUGGCGAUUGCGCCGACGAAAAGGGCGUUAAGAUGACCUUGGAAGGUCUUGAGUUAUUGCGGCGGGCGCUUCAAAAUGUUAUGGAUCACCCCCGAAAUGCAAAGUAUCGUAGUCUCUCCACCCAAAGCGAAACGUAUAUCAAAAAGUUAAAACCAAUCGAACAUUUCGGACUUUCCAAUCUGCUUUCUUUGGCCGGGUUUCGUAUGCAGCCACAGGACAAGGCGAAUACCGGGAAGUGGUUUUUGAGCGAUACCGAUGGUAGCCACGCACUACUACAACGUGUGGUGAAUGCAAUUGAUGAGGUGAUAGAAAAUGUGAAUUUAAACGCCGCCAUUGUGAUGAGCUCAAAGGAUUAA